UCUGAGGCCCUAGUAUUUCUGUGCGCUGGCCUUGCCCUUAAAGGUCAGCUGCAUUUACAUGAGGGGUCAGCCCCGUUCUUUGUGUGCACUGAAUGUGGUAUUUGAAGACACUAGUGGUGCGCUGUGGCGCAUUGACUGUGGGAUAUUACUACAAGACCAUGACAUAGACAUCAGGUCUGGCGGCUCCGGCUUGCCAAGUCUGGAAGUGUGUAUGUAGUGAGUGAGUGCAAGGGGUAUGUCUCGUCGCAUGCAUGCAUUAUAUGACUGAAGUGUAAAGAUAACCAGCACGUUUCUCACAACACUGGGACCGCCAUGGGUUUAUCCCCGGACACAAUGAGGGGCUGAUCACUCCCUUUCUUGUGGAUUUUGGAUGGGGCUAAUUGUCGGGGAGACAGCGCCAGGACCGUCAGGCAGUUGUGGAGAGUCCGCCGGGGUCGGAUGGAGUAGAGAGACAUGGGGAAUGCCCAGAUACACUCAGUUAUUCAGGAAAACUACAACCGUGACCUACAGCUGAAGCCCAUAGGCAGCAACGGUGAGAGGAAACCGGGGGACGUGCGCAACGAGUCGGUCAUCGUCAUCGACAGCGACAGCGACGGUGAGCGGGAGCAUGCAUCCUUGCAUCACCACGGCAACCCAGACUCUGUGCAAUCGUCUCUGUCCCCCAAGUCGGGAAGCAGCAACAGUCGGCCGGCGUCCGAAGGUGCUCCCUCCCAUGGUGCCAAGCCGCCUCCCCUCACCGUAGUCACCAGCAGCGGCAGUAAGGCCACGCGCACCACCGCCACAGUCAACCCACUCAACCAGUCGGCCAGCACGGUGACGGUUACCAGUGCCAAUAGUACCAACCAUGCCAUGGCGGCCACGCGGACCUCCAGCUUCGCCGCUGCACUGCGGAAGCUGGCCAAGCACGCCAACGACAACGGUCCCGAGGAGCACUCCCCGCGGGUCUCCCCCGUCAGCAUGAACCGCAGCACGGCCUCCACGCCGUCCACCAAGAACUUUCACUUUGGGCCCUCGCCACUGGUGGUGCCCACUAGCACCCCUCCCGUGGUCACCAUAGCCCCCACCCACACCAACAACUCCAGUAUCAUAUCGGAGCAGAGAAGGUUAUCCCAAGAGUUGGACCGGCAUGGCCAUCACAACUCCUCGGAACAGCACAACAGCAGCAGACACUCCACAGAGUCGGGCAACGUGCAAAACUCUAUAUGGAGAUCAAAGGGGAGUCCAGGUGCCGGACCUAGAAGGCCCGUGCCCCAACACCUUAAGCCAGAAGAGAGCAACCCUGUCCGAGGGUUCCAGCCGUACCGCUCGGGGGAGACGGAGAUGACACCCCGGCCACCAGCGCCAGCUCCGCCCCCUCCUCCGCCUCCUCCUCCAUCCCACUUGACCUACGACCCAGCCAUGAUGGCCGCCGCUCUUUCACCGUAUCCAUUCCACCAGGCCUUCAUGGGGCCACCGCAUAUACCCUACCAUGGUUUCAGACCGGAAGAUUCUUACGAGAGGUACAGUAGCUACCCGGGCCUGCGGCCGCCCCCCUUCAUCCCCUUCUCCUCGCCCCCUAGCCACCUCUUCCCCCACCCCGCCAUGAACCCUCUGGCGUUCUCCGGGUUGCGUUACCCCAGCGACUUGGCGGCCAUGCAACUUUCCCAUCUCUCCCCCGGGGUGUCAUUCGGAGGUCUCGUGUCGCCGUCGGCGCAGCAUGAAAGAGAGAAGUUGCUGUUGGAUCAGCAGCGGGAUCGUGAGCGGCGGGCCGAGGAAGCCAAGCAGGAAGCAGCUCAGAAAGAGAAGCAGCAGCAACAGCAGCAGCAACGAGAGACGGAACGGGAGAAUCACGACAGGACAGGGCUGUCCAGGAGCCAAGAGGACAAACGCAACUCACCGAGAGACGGCUCUCACCUGCGGCCCUCCAACGCUCACCACCACAAUCACCACCAUCACCAUCAUCACCACCAGCAGCUGGCUCACUCGCAGCAUCACCCGGGCUCACCACGGGUGCCCUCCUCCUCUUCCUCCGCUUUGGGUCACCGCGGGGAAGAACUGGCUCCUCUACCACUACUCAAGAAGGCUGAUGGGGAAGACCGGUGGCACAGUAAACAUCUCAAGGAUGGCUCCAGCAACGAUGUGCAGUACCGCCACGUCAGGAAUUCACAGGCAACAUCACACGAAAACCACAUUGCGCACACCUCGGAGAAAGAAAGGAAGUCGUCACACCACGAACGAGAGUUGCUGCUCCAGCAGGACAGGCGCAUUGCAGAGAGACAUGAGAAAGAGCGGACUUUAUUGCGAGAGCAGCGGAACCAAUCAAGAGGGGACCAUCACCACAGCAGUAGACCGCCCCCUCUGGUGUCGCCAGUGCGUCCAUCUCGCGAGGAAAUAUACCGCCAUAAACUCUUCAACAACCACCGGCCCGCGAGCCAGGACACUGUCAUUCCGCCGCAGUACGACUACGAGAGGCUCAACAGCGUCGACCGGAUUCUCUUGAACGAUAAGUCGUCGGUUGCAACAUCGGCAAAUGCAGCGACAACGUCAGCGGCGGCUGAGAAAGCGUGGUACGAACAGCAGCGCAGCUUGAUGGCCAACCGGGUGCAGAGUCCUCACGGAAACGCGGCUAGGGAGUUUGACCACGAGGCACGCGUUGUCGCCAACAGUCACGGCCCGCCGCCGCCGCAACCGGCAACUGCGCACAGCAAGUCGUCUCAUCUUAGUCAGUAUGACUACGACCGGCCCCAUGCGGAGUUCAACUACCACCUGCAGGAGUUCUAUCGGAUCAACCAGCAGGCUCGGGAGCUGCAGAACUCCCACAGUGGGGACCAGCUGCCGCCGCCACCCACGGUGCAAUUGAACGAAAACGGGGAACCGGUGGUGUCCAAGCUGGACCUCGAGGGCCGCCAGCGGUUGGAGACUCGAGCCAACGGCAUCUACAUUUCUAGCGAGAGCGAGUCGGACAGUGAGGAAGAGACUGAAGUUAAGAGGGAACGAUACCGUAAGAGGAUGCACAGAAUCGUCAGAAAGUCCUGCAUGACUCUGGAUGAUUCGGAGAAGAAGACCAACUUCUUCCAAGUCAUGGGUCUGGUCACACAUGGGAAGAAAGAAGAGAUAAACGAGGAAAAACGGAGAAAAAGGCGGAUUUGGCUGAAGGAGGACCAGCCCACAGCCAAAGUCAGACGGCCGUCGUCAGAACCGGCCAGUCUGCUGCCCUCGCCAGCCAAGCUGAGCCAGGAGGACUUCCAACGAGAGCUGGACUACCCCCACAAGUGCCGGUUCCUGCGCGGCCUGGGGCUGGACGUCGUGGGACGGGACAAACGGAAAGAAAUGGAGAAGGCACGAGCAGCUGUUGAGGUGUACCGGAUAAGGCAAGCCAAGAAGAAAGAAGCAGCAGCGACUGGAGAAGAGGCUAAGGGGAAAUCGGAGUCUGCAGCCGGCGGCUCUGAAACGGCGCAGACACCGGCCGGCCCAACCAACUCCGGUACUGAUAGCAAAGCAGAGAACUCAGAAAAUGCCCAAUGCAAGACGGCUGUCGGCGAGACUUUCCCCAACCAUUUGGUGUCGUCACCCGGGGCGCAAGCCCACCUGAAAAAUGAGAGGACAUUGCUGAGCGGGGGUAGUAGCACUCCCCAGACUCGGACCCCGGACAAUAUGCUGCACGGCCGGCAGGCGACGCUGUCCGAAAAGGACAUAAAGAAAGAACCAUCAGUGAGCAGCGAGAGAGCAGACUUGCCCCGAUGCAGCAGCAAGGGCAGUGCCGCGGCACUCGCUGACCAGAAGGAAGCAUUGCCCUUCUCAACGGCCGCCUUGCUGUCACGGGGAGGGCCAGCGACAGCAACGGCGGCGGGCAAAUCGUCCCAGUUUGAAGGCUUUGCCCAAGAGUUCCAUCAAUCUGUACUGAGGACCACUCAAGAGGCCAUGGCUCAUCAGAGGGUGGGUACCACCGGCCCCAACCUACUCCAGGUAGACCCCCAGAGACGGGACAAGCUUGCCCAUGCCGGCCUGACGAACUCAAACACUGAGGGCACUGGCCCGAGUAGGAAUAACGCCCCGGCAUGGCCCAAGGGGCAGCUACAGUGGCCUGGUGUGGAGGCUGUCAUGGAUUCAUAUCAGAGACAUGCAAAAGAGCAAGAGUUGGAACGGAGUGUGUUGCUAGACCAGCAGAGCAGACUGAGAGUAUGCAACGGUGAGCUGAACAGUGCAGCCGAACAGCUCCGACUUAAAAUGGCUGACCUGAUGGAGAGAAAACAGUUAUUGCAUCGGGAGCAAGAAGCCUACCUCAGGGAUCUACACCAUCUACAGAAAUAUGUGUACGACAUGAGGAAGUAACGCCAUCAACCAUAGUCCGGGGCCACUAUCCAUUGUACAGGGCCACCACCAUAGCAACCACUAAAAAAAAAUGUAAUGCAAAAAAAUUUAUUUAAUUCAAAGGGGCCAUUUUUUGAAGAAAAAAAAAAUAAGAGUGUAAAUAUUCGGUAUGUCUUUUAAGAGUUAUCUGUCCAUGUUGUUGUUGGGUUUUUUUUCUUCUUCUUUUUUGUUUAUUUGAGGAAAAAAAUGUGGCUUUAAGUUAAUAAUUUAAGAAAUGAUAGAGAAGAUUUUACUCUUUCUAGAACACUUCCUGAAAGUUUUUCUUUUUGUUUUUGUGUCCAUGCAUCAAGUGACUACCAGUACUUGUCUGUACAUUAUACAGGGCCACUUACUGGUUUAUAAUGUAUUUUAGACUUAAUCAUGAAAAGGUUAUGUACAUUUUGUUUUAGUUAUUAAAAGCAGGAGACUUUGGUAUAUUAUUCGGGGAAGAAGUGCAAUUGGGGAGAUGUUUAAUGAAAGAAACCCCAGUAAUUUAUUACAAUGCAAAUUGAAUGCAUUAGUAUCAGACAUCAUGUUUUAAGAUAUAACUCGGAAAGUAUGUGCAGUGUCUUUAAUGCUUCACGGCCAAAAUUGAUUUUUGUUUUUUGUGUUUUAGUCAUUACUAAGUUUCAGUACGUCAAGGUCUUAGAUUUGGGUAUAGAAAUUAAUAAAUUAUCUUGGAAAUAGAAAGGAAAAAGGGACAAUGAAAGACUUUGGCUACUCAUUUCAGGAACUGCUUUGAAAUAACGUAUCUGUGGUCUUGUUUCACGAAUGUUGUGACGGCAGCCUUAAGCAAAUUAAGAAACUAAAAAAAAACCCUGACCAAUCACUGUCUCAGCUCAGUAUCACAUGACCUGAUAAUCUCUCACCGACAGUGAAUUCUCAAAAUGAAAAGCUCAGAUAUUUCUUCCUUUGGAAAAUGCGAGCAAAGAGACAAAAUUGCUGUUUUUAACUUUUAAACAUUCGAAAAGGAAAAGGAAUUUUUUUUUUUUUUUUAAGCAAAGACACUCCAACAGAAGUUUAUUCCACUUCAGCACCAGUAUUGAUUAAAGUUAUUGUUUUAAAAAAGGGCAUGUGAAUAUUUACUUCUGUUUUCAUUUUUAUCAUUGAAAUUCACAGCACUUUUCGUGGAGUCUGGUCUUGUUUAUUUAUUCAUCCUAAAGGAGUCAUAUUGUUGUUAUUCACUUGUGAAGUUAGACAAUAAAAUUAUUUAUUGCUCUGAAAUAUUAAA